CUGGAUGUGAUAAUAAAGCCUUUGUUGAUAUCUUGUCAAGGAGAGGUUAAACCAUCCAGUUGUAUGAUUGUAAGUGACCUUCUACCAGUAUCUGAAGCACUAAAGGGACAAAGCAGCUGUGCAUUUCCAGGGUGUCUGACUGUCGUCCUCAGGAUGUCCAUAUAUGGCUCCUGAUGUCACAGCUGGGGAUUCCCGCCCCUCUGUGAUUCAUAGAUGUGUGCUGGGAAGUAGAAGAUCACCAUGCUGUUACACAGUAUUACACACACAGUAAAGCUGAUCAGACAAGCUCCGGGCACAGCUAAUUGGAGUUGGACAAAACGUGAACAUCAGUUAUGCGUAAUGAGGUACAGCUGGGAGCGUCUUACAUUGUAAGACUGCUAAACCGUCACCAGAAGCUGGACAGUGAGCAAGUGGAGAGGUUUACACAGACAUUGAUCACAAUUUUAUGUGACAAAUUUGCAGGCCACUGGUACCCAGACAGUCCCCAGAAAGGCCAGGCAUACAGGUGUAUUCGGAUAGAGCACAGCCUUUCUGUAGAUGACUCUGUGUUACAGGCCUGUGUACGGAGCGGUCUGCGCUGUUCCCAGUUAAGUCUACCUCGGGAUAUGUCUCUCUGGAUUGAUCCCCAGGAGGUCAGCUGCCGGCUGGGGGAAAGUUGCCGUCCUUUUAUUGUGAAGGCUCCAGAAGACGUUAAGGUGGAAAAAGCAGGUUCCGUGGAUAAGCCAGAGCUGGACACAUCUGAUUAUCACUCAGAAGGCUCGGAUAGAGCAGACACACCUUCUGAGUGUUCCAGUGAGGACGAGGAGGCAGAUGGAGGCAAGAAGCUGCUUUCCACUCCUGUAAUAGAUAGCAAAAAAAUGGGUGCUCAAUUUUACUACAAUCCAUCUCCAGUGUCCACUGUUUUCUACCAGUACCCAAAUCAUGCUGUGAGCUUUAUCCCUACAUAUCAACCCCUGACAAUGUAUUAUUUGAUCCCAAAGCCCUCCAAAUUCUAUCAAAGCAAUAAAUAUGGGGGAUAUCACCAAAAAUGGAAAUCUUCCAGGACUGCCACCAAGACUGCAUGCUGAAUUUUAACCUAACCAGAUGCAGUUGUUUAGCAUCUCAGAUACCUCUUGGUUUUUACCAAACUGACCUCAAUGGCUUUUUUUUUACCUAUAUGACAGAAACAAAGAUGCUACGGGUUCUCAAGCAGCUAAUGGAGGUAAUACAAGAAAAAAAACUAAAAAAUAUAUUCCAAAAUAACCAAAGUCAAUAACACUCCCUGAAACAAACUCUGUACUCAGGAGCAAAUAUAAUACUAUAUUGCUCAUUUGUACUAUACACAUAAUCCUUUUAGGAGAACUAUAUAUAUAUAUAUGCUCAGGAGACUGUGACUCGCUUAAUUACAAAUGAUUAUAAGUGAAGAUGAGCUGAAGUUUGGUGCUUUUUAGUAAAUAUGAACGCACAUAGUUUAAUACAAUAUACAUAUAUUUGAAAAGCACAAGAGUUCAUAUAUACUGGGGUUUUUUUGUUUUGUUUUUGCAAAAUGCCUAAUCAUUUUUAUUGUUUCUUAAGAAUUCACAGCCUCACGGUUGUAUUCUGAAAUAUUCCAUAAAUGUAUUUAUUUAUUUCUGUGUAGUGGAGAUGAAUGAAUGCUUUGUCACAUUAGCUAAAAAAAUAGUAAAUCCUUUAUUUGUUUUAAACAGAUGUUGAACAUCUGACAAACAUUCAUCUUUUAUUUGAAAUAGAAAAAAAUCAGCAUUCAAAUGCUGAUUCACUAAGACAUUAGUGUUAACCCAUAAACAUCUUUAAUGUUAUUUUCUGUAUUUUUAAUCUUUGUUGUUUUUCUAAAUUGAAUAUGGAAUUUGAUGUUUGAAUGCUGUAUUAGAUAAAGUAAAAGAUAACAUUUUUUUGCAGACUUACAUUACAUUUGUUCUACAGAAACAUUUGAAUGGUAGAACAUUCGUCAAGGGUAACAUUUGUUCUAGAAUUUGAAGGUUCCCCAAAGCCUAUUAGAUGUUCCCUGAUUUCUCAUCUCACUGAUGCCUUGUGAUAUUAUCACUAUUGCAAGCUCACAAGCAUAUAUUUGCUUAAGAGGAGACUAUACAUUUCUAAUUAGCUGUUGUUGGUAUGAUAGAGAAUAUAUCAAAAUCAGUUUACUAGGCAAGGUGGUGUUCCUAAUGACUUAUCUGUAUUGCCUAAUGUGAAAUUGUACUUUGGGAAUAACAUAUUAGGCUGUGAAAGACUUUGUGUAUUACUCAUUUAGAAAUGCAGCCAUACUUGAUGUGAUAUUUAUGCAUCUUAAAAAAAAACCUGCUUAUCUAUUAAUCAUCAGUGGAACUCACUGUGCAAUGUAUUACUGACUGCUUGGACAGAUUGACUGCAUUUGUUCCAUAACAAAUCAGAAAAUUUUAAAUAUUGGGACCAUCAGAAUUGUGAAUUUAUGGGCUGGGGUGACUGUAAUUUCAAUUAUCCUGAUGCAUUCAGGUCCAGCUGCUGGUCAGUAAAACCUUUUGCAAUCUGUUGAAGCCCUCUUUGGCAGCGUAGCAGUAAAAACACAGUGGGUUGUUGAGACUCAUUAAAGGGACACUGAACCCAAAUUUUUUCUUUCGUUAUUCAGAUAGAGCAGUAAUUUUAAGCAACUUUGGAAUUUAUUCGAAUUCUCUUGCUAUUUUUAUUUGAAAAAGAAGGCAUCUACACUUUUUAUUUGGUUCAGUACUCUGAACAGCACAUUUAUAUUGGUGGAUGAAUUUAUCCACCAAUCAGCAAGGACAACCCAGGUUGUUCACCAAAAAUGGGCCGGCAUCUAAACUUACAUUCUUGCAUUUCAAAUAAAGAUACCAAGAGAAUAAAGAACAUUUGAUAAUAGAAGUAAAUUAGAAAGUUGCUUAAAAUUUCAUGCUCUAUCUGAAUCACGAAAGAAAACAUUUGGGUUCAGUGUCCCUUUAAUUCGUCCUACAAUCUAAAAAGGAUAAGGUGGAUUGAAAACAUAAGGUUAAGGUAUAAAAGUCCAUUACUUUUAGUUUUAAGUAUCCUGCAGAUCUAAAUGAAAUGGUGAAUGUUUGGUCUUCAAGUUCAUCUCACUAUGCAUCUCAAAUGCUUUCCCAAAUGUAUGGAAUUUAGUCUACUAACAUCUCAUGAUCCUAUGUAAGCUUUAUGUCAAUGGUGGUCAUUUGUCUAUGUCUAUUCUUGUUUAUCAUGAUUUUAUGAUACUAAUCAUUCUAUUUAUUAUAUGUGAAAUUACUUAGGAGAGGGGCUUUUGCUUUACUGUUUUCUUCUAUAAAAGUAAACACUGGAAGGCAGUGGUGUAUUUAACUUUAUGACCAAGGCCAGAACUACUGAGCAUCACACUCCCUUCCUCUUUAUUUUUCUUCUAAACAUUUAAGCUCUCUUUCUUUUAAACCAUCCUCUGUACACUCUUUAUGGAUUGUCCACCAAAAUGGAACAUCCAGGUAGAGCACAGAUAUAUACUGCUUAAAGGGACACUAAACUUAAAUAAUAUCAUCAAAGCAUGGAAAGUAAUGCACUUAGUAGUGCUUUUAUUUGUUAGUAGUAACAGCACAAUAUAAAUAUCUAUUUAGACUCCCAAGGCUUCUUAUGAUCCCCACCAUCCAAAAAUUAUAGCCAAACACAAAGCAUACUGCCCUAGUCAGAAAAGAGAGACUGUUUAUGCCCCCUCCUGUCUAAUACCCUUACACUACUAAGUAGAUUGUUUCCUAUGUUUAGAUUUCAUUUUUGAAAUGUAUUGUUCCUUUAAGCCUAUAGCUGAUUCUCUCCUACCCUUGCAAAUUGAAUUUCCUGACUCUGAGCCUUGCUUGCUUAAGUUUAAAUAUAUCAUUGCUGGAAAGAAUUAUCUCUUCAGUUUUACCUAAUUUAACAGACAUAAUUUAUUUUCAUUAUAAUUUAUGCAAAGCAUGAUUUUUUUUUAUAUUAUUUGUAUUAUUUGUCUAUAAUCUUUAAAUGAUAUUUUUAACUUAUUUCUCCAACAUAGGUGUGUCCGGUCCACGGCGUCAUCCUUACU